CUGCAGGACCCUUGAGGAUUAGGGUUGGGGACCUCAGAAUUAUAGCGAAUCAUAUUUGAACCACACGGCUCACCGUACUGCGAUGAUGUCACUGCUAUCAGGCAGUUUGUAUUUUUUUGGCGGGGUCUGUUAAUACGUUUGGAUGGUUAGUUCCUUUUGUAAACACCCUUAAACCCACGGAAUAUGGAACGCGGAAGGAGGAGCCGAGCAACUAGUAGACCAUCGGAGCUGCCGAUGAGAGUGCAAGACAGUAAUAGGAUGAGCAUGGUGUACACAACACCCCAGAGCAAGCAACCUUCUUAUGGAAAGCUCAGCCUAACAAAACCAUCAUCUGUGAACUCUGAAAGGCGAACCAGCUUCUUUGGUGCCAGGACUAGUGGGGCCAGCAUGCCUCGCAACAGUCUCAUGUCAGGGUUUGGAGGAAAUGAGAAGAUCAAAGAUGCCAGACCUCUUCACGAUAAAUCAUUUGUUCAGCAAUGCAUCAGGCAGCUUCAUGAGUUCUUGACAGAGCAAGGUUAUCCAGGCACUUUGUCAGCCAAAACUCUUCAGUCCCCAUCUACCAAGGAGUUUGUGAAGAUGUUUGAGUUCAUUUAUCGCCAGCUUGACCCAACUUUUGAGAUGCCAAACUCUAAAGUUGAGGAGGAGGUUCCGGCUAUGCUUAAAGCUUUGGGGUAUCCAUUUGUUCUCUCCAAGUGUUCAAUGUAUUCUGUUGGAGCUCCCCAUACCUGGCCUCAGGCCCUGGGUGCUCUCAUGUGGCUAAUUGAUACUGUUAAGAUUAACUGGAGCUUAAUGAAGCAGGAACUGCUGUUCAGCGACUUCUGUGAAGACAACGACAACAUUGAGGAGGGGGCUGAAUUUAACAAGCUCUUCCUUGAUUACACAGCUGAAACGUACUCAAAGUUCAUGCAGGGUGAUGACACAUUUGAAGAUGAGGAUGAAGCAUUCCUCAGCAAACUAAAGAAGCUUUACAAUGUGGAUGAAGCCCUGCUGGUCUCAAUGGAGGAAAAGCACAGAAUACUCAGUAAGGAGGUUGAACAUCUGGAGAAAGAAAAUCAGACGGACCGUUUAAUGACCAAGAGGAUGGAAAGGGUGAAGCUGCAGGCAGAUCUCAAGAAACUCCAGAGUUAUCGAAGCAGCCUGGAUUCUUUUGAAACCAAUCUCGAAAAUAAAACUUCAGAACUGAAUAAUGAGCUGGAAAACAGCGUCAGUCAUCUGCAAUCUCUGAAGCAUGAGAGGGAUGAACUGCAACAAGUCCUGCAGAACCAGAAAUUUACUCCUGCUGAUGUAGAGAGGAUCAACAGAGAAAAGAGGGAACUCCAACAGACCAUCUCCACUCUCAGCAAGUCUCUUGAGGAUGCCGAACAGUACAAGUGGAAUGAAGAGAUUGCUCUGGCAAAAGUUAAAGAGAAGGCCGAGUUGAAGCUGGCAGAGUACCACAAGCUGGCACGGAAACUGAAGCUAAUACCACAGUCUGCAGAAAACGCUUGUGGUCAGGAUUUUGAGAUCAGGCCAUUUGAAUGUGGAGCCAGCAACAUGCUUCAACAUAAAACACAGAUACAGAUGCUUCUGAGAAAGCUGAUCAGUGAUGUGGAGGAAGAGAACAGUCGGUUAGCAAACCUGAAGCUUAGCUUUGAGGAGUCUUCUGAACAGAUUAGUUCCAACAUAAUAGACAAGUCCAACGACCUGAAGCAGCUCAGAGAGCAGAUGCGUAAACUGGAUGAACAGCUGGAUUGUGAAAUGCAGGAGCUGGCUCGGGAGGAGCAGGAGUGGGCAGCAGAGAUAGAGUCGGUGGAAAACCAUCGCAAACUUCUUGAGAAGAAAGUUAAUUAUGGCUAUGAUGAGGCGGUGCAGCAACUGAAGGCAGCACAACAACAGUACCACCUGGUACUGCAAGAAACAAAUGAGGAGAGGAGAACUGUAGCCAACAACCUGGCAUCUGUAUUCACCACAGCUGCCAACCACCUAUCAAUUACUGAGAAGUCCCUGGAGGAUCUGCACAGCAGAGUGCAGCGCGUUUGCUCUAAGGCUGUAGAGGAAGACAAGGCUGCUGUACAGAAGCUGCGGGAUACUUUGAAGAACUUCGUGUCGGCAGCGAAUAGUUUAUAAAAAAAACAAAACAAAAAAAAAAAAAACUGCAGGAUAAAGAUCUGUAGUUCUGCAGCUGAACUUAAUUUCAAGGACAACGGAAGUGUGGAUUUUCCCUUUUUUUCUUACUUUAUUUCUGUCCUAAAAAACAUACUGUUGAAUUCUAUUUUCAUUUAUUUGUUCUUUACAGGUUUUAGAAACGUUGUAUAACUUUGUUGAUGUACCCAUUCACAAUAAAAAAGUAAAUACUCCAUUUUAGAAUUUAUGAAUUGAA